CCUGUACUUCACCUGCGUGUAGCAGAUGGCAUAAUCAUCUACUUUCCUCUCCUUUUCCCCUUAUAUUCUGUGUCUGACAGGUAAUCUGAGAGUGAAAGUAUCAAAUAGUCUUCAGAAGAAUGUGUUUCCCAGCAGAUGGCUGAGGAUGAUGAAGCAGAUACAGAGGACAAACCAGCGGUGUCAGGGGCUGCAGGGACCUCUGUGAUUGCUGACCCCACCUCAUCCCUGACCUCCCCAUGGCUACUCAGAGGACACCCCUGGUCCAACCCAGGCUGGUGAAAGACUUUAACCACUUCAUUACCUGCUACCUGUGCAGAGGUUACCUGAUCAAACCCACCACGGUCACUGAGUGCCUGCACACAUGUAAGUCACACACACACACACACACACACACACACACACACACACACACACACACACACACACACACACACACACACACACACCCCUGUACUUCUCCAUCUGUCUUUCUCUGCUCUGUGUUUUCUGUGUACUGUUACAUGUGUACUGUCUUCAUUUGAUCACUCUGUUGUCACAGAAUUUGAUCACUGCUGUGCAACAGGAAAUGCUAACUUGUAGUGUAUUGAAGGUUUAAAAAUACUUUUAUCAACCCCUACAAAAAUGUCCAUUCAUUAUCAUCCACUUAAUAAUUCACAUGUCCUGUUGCUGCAUUAUUUUCCUGCUGUGAGAAACUGGUCAAAUUAAAAUAUUGCAUCUGCAAGUCUAACUUUCUAUUACUUCCUUCCCCCUCAGUCCAUCCUCUCCCAAAGACACUCUAAGCAUCUUACAUUAUGUAAUAGGAUUUUUCUUGUUUUCCAGUUUGUAAGAGCUGCAUCAUCCAGCACUUUGAAGACAGUAACGACUGUCCCAAAUGUGGCAUUCAAGUCCAUGAAACCAACCCUCUAGAGAUGCUAAGGUACGACACAUACAAACAUAGUCCUCCACUAGCUCUGACCAUCUCUGACAGACAACUAGCUAACAACAAACAUUUGGCCUUCACUUUGCUUAGAAUACUGCAAGUGCACUGUCAACACAAACCACAGCUUCCUCUUUAUCUUUACCCUUGUGGCUUUUCUCAUCUUCACUGAUCCUCUCCUUCUUCUGAGGUUGGACAAUACUCUUGAGGAAAUCAUUUUCAAGCUUGUGCCUGGAUUACGAGAAAGUGAGUUCUCGUCAACUAGGAAAAACCUCAAGAUAUAUUUCUUAAUGAUCUCCCAGUCAAAGUCAAUCAUUUCAAUCACUCCUUGGGAGAGUCAUUAGAUGUAGUGGGACUGAAAUGACCUUGUAUUUCCUCUUUUCUUUAUGACUGUGUGUGUGUUGACCAGAAGAGCAACAGCAGGAGAUUGAUUUCUGGAGGAAGAAUAAGUCAAAAGAAAAUUCACAAGGUAUGGGAUAAGUCUCAAUUAACAAGGUCACUUUUAAAAAUUGUAUUGGGUCUUACUGUAAAAUGUAAUAAGUAUGUUAUUUUACAUUAGUAGAGUAAAUCAUAUAUAUACUCUGAACAAAAAUAUAAACAUGCAACAUUUUCAAAUAUUUUACUGAGUUACAGUUCAUAUAAGGACAUCAGUCAUUUGAAAUAAAUAAAUUAGGCCCUAACCUAUGGAUUUCACAUUACUGAGAAUACAGAUAUGCAUCUGUUGGACACAGAUGCCUAAAAAAAAUAAAAGGUAGGGGUGUGGAUCAGAAAACCAAACAGUAUCUGGUGUGACCACCAUUUACUUCAUGCAGCGCGACACAUCUCCUUCGCAUAGAGUUGAUCAGGCUGUUGAAUGUGGCUUGUGAAAUGUUGUCCCACUCCUCUUCAAUGGCUGUGCGAAGUUGCUGGAUUUUGGCGGGAACUGGAACACGCUGUCGUACACGUCGAUCCAGAGCAUCCCAAACAUGCUCAAUGGGUGACAUGUCUGAUGAGUAUGCAGGCCAUGGAAGAACUGGGAAAUGUUCAGCUUCCGGGAAUUGUGUAAAGAUCCUUGCGACAUGGGGCCGUGCAUUAUCAUGCUGAAACAUGAGGUGAUGGCGGCGGAUGAAUGGCACAACAAUGGGCCUCAGGAUCUCGUCACGGUAUCUCUGCAUUCAAAUUGCCAUCGAUAAAAUACAAUUGUGUUUGUUGUCCAUAGCUUAUGCCUGCCCAUACCGUAAACCCACCGCCACCAUGGGACACUCUGUUCACAAUGUUGACAUCAGCAAACCGCUCGCCCACACGAUGCCAUACACGUGGUCUGCAGAAGUGAGGCCGGUUGGACGUACAGCCAAAUUCUUUAAAACGACAUUAGAGGCGGCUUAUGGUAGAGAAAUAAACAUUCAAUUAUCUAGCAACAGCUCUGGUGAACAUUCCUGCAGUCAGCAUGCCAAUUGUAUGCUCCCUCAACUUGAGAAAUCUGUGGCAUUGUGUUGUGUGACAAAACUGCACAUUUUAGAGUGGCCUUUUAUUGUCCCCAGCACAAGGUACACCUGUGUAAUGAUCAUGCUGUUUAAUCAGCUUCUUGAUAUGCCACACCUGUCAGGUGGAUGGAUUAUCUUGGCAAAUGAGAAAUGCUCACUAACAGGGAUGUAAACAAAUUAGUGCAAACAAUUUGAGAUAAGCUUUUUGUGUGUAUGGAACAUUUCUGGGAUCUUUUAUUUCAGCUCAUGAAACAUGGUACCAACACUUUACAUGUUGAGUUUAUAUUUUUGUUCAGUGUAAUUAUAAUGUUUAAUAAUUUUGUGCAGACUUAGAAGUGACAUCUCAAUUUCAGUUGAGAUUUGUUUUUCAAUUUCAACUUAUUUUAGAAUACAUAGUAAAUCAUGCAAGGGUGCCAAAGUAGUUCACCUCAUCUGUAUAUGUAGAGUUCAAAUCAAAUCAAAUUUUAUUGGUCACAUGCGCCGAAUACAACAGGUGCAGACAUUACAGUGAAAUGCUUACUUACAGCCCUUAACCAACAGUGCAUUUAUUUUAACAAAAAAAGUAAAAAUAAAACAACAACAAAAAAAGUGUUGAGAAAAAAAGAGCAGAAGUAAAAUAAAAUAACAGUAGGGAGGCUAUAUAUACAGGGGGGUACCGGUGCAGAGUCAAUGUGCGGGGGCACCGGCUAGUUGAGAUAAUUGAAGUAAUAUGUACAUGUGGGUAGAGUUAAAGUGACUAUGCAUAAAUAAUUAACAGAGUAGCAGCAGCGUAAAAAGGAUGGGGUGGGGGGGGGGCAGUGCAAAUAGUCCGGGUAGCCAUGAUUAGCUGUUCAGGAGUCUUAUGGCUUGGGGGUAAAAGCUGUUGAGAAGUCUUUUAGACCUAGACUUGGCACUCCGGUACCGCUUGCCGUGCGGUAGCAGGGAGAACAGUCUAUGACUAGGGUGGCUGGAGUCUUUGACAAUUUUGAGGGCCUUCCUCUGGGUUUGGGUUAUUCAAUCAUAAGAAGCUGUAAUGUGGUGUAUAUUUCUGUUUAGUGUGUGUGUGUGUGUGUGUGUGUAUACUGUAUAUAAUUUACAUACAUAUAUAUUACUUCUCUCUGCCCGGCUUGCUAGUAUGAUCUCCUAUCCCACAGGAGACAGCCUUGGGUCUAAGAAGCUUGGGCUCAGUGAUGAGGAGGAUGGGGAUGAAGAUGACCAGGAUUACCACAGGAGCGACCCCCAGAUAGCCAUCUGUCUGGACUGUCUCCACAACAAUGGCCAUGCUGCAGAUGACACAGUGAAGGUGUGUGUGUGUGUGUGUGUGUGUGUGUGUGUGUGUGUGUGUGUGUGUGUGUGUGUUUGAAUCAUUUUCCUCUUCCCAUGGCAGUGUUCCAUGGGAGUGUUUCUUUCAAUAUGUUCAGGCCAGUUCUGGUAUUCUGUACUCUGUGUUCUAUCUGAAUGUAACAUGAACAUACUCCUGUUAUUUACCCCAGUGUUUAAUGAAGAAGUUCAUUCACUGCUCUAGUCGAGUCACGGUGGGAACCAUCAAGAAGUUUCUCAGUCUAAAGUUAAAGCUUUCCAGCUCUUGUGAGGUAAGACCACUGCUACUGUUUUUAUGUCAUAAUGUACAGUAACUUCACUUUAUAUUGAUGAUGGGUUUAGAAAAGGGACUAAUGUAAAUAACAUGCCUUGGUGUUUUCUUGCGCACGUGUGUGUGUGCGCGUUUGUUUGUUUUGUGUGUGUCCAGGGGCAUCUAGCAAUUCUGGCAAAUGCCAGAUGGGCUGGACCAUUUUUUAGUUGGGCGGGCUGGUCAGAAUUGACACAAACAUAUUAUGGUGACACUGCCAUGGGCAAUUUCUCUCUUAUACUAGUCUAUAAUGAGCCUUUGGCUGAUCAGUGGGCAACGGCCGGCCCCCCCGGGUUUUCUGAGAUGAGGUCACGCAAACUCGCAUUCAAAGUCAAACGCAGCAUCAGCAAAGAGACCUGCUCCGACUCUGUCAUCAGUUAGAAGUGCAUUAUCCUCAUGAUUCCUGUAAUGAAAGUGUCUGCCCUGUGCCUGUGCCCUCGCUGGGGCCUGCUGCUGUGAUGAGCAAGCCACUCUCCUUCCCCCCAUACACUUGAGAGAAAAAUGCGUUGAUCAUUAAACUAAACAACCAAGAUAUUUGAUAUGGUUUUGACAGCGAAAUGCACACCGGCCAUUACAGGGGCAUAGGCAUAUAGGAGAAAGGGGAGGACCACCCUACACAAUGAAUUUCAGAAAAAUACAACUAGUGAAACAUUACAAAAGUUAUCGUUCUUAGAUAAAACUAUACUAAAUAUAUUAGGGAUUGGCACGGUUAUUCGAAUAUCCGAACGGACUUUAGUAUUCAAAUACUUGCAAGAGUAUUCAUAAAGCUUUAAAUAAAUCAUAGGCCUAUUUUAACAAUGAAAAUGCUUUGUCUAAAUUAAGUAAAAUUAUCAAUUUGACAUUGCUACACGCAAUGAAAUUCUAUGACAUUUUAAAUUCUUAAUUCAAUAAAACAACAAACUUUUGAAUGUAGUUUUUAUGAUGUGCGCCCCAUAAAAAGACAUACCGUAGUAGUCUACACGGGUUUCACACGUUUGUUGUUACUGUCGUGGCACUGUCUACAGUCAGUGGCUCCAUGUGUAGCCAGCAACAUGGGAGAUCUCUAAUCAAUGCAAAAUUGAAUUAAAAUUAGGGAAUGAAGUUAGCUAAAUGAGGAGGAGUAGGCUAUGACGACGAGCAACCAUCAGGCUGUUGUUUAAUCUGAAUGGAGUUGUUGUAGACAAGGACGGGAAGCGUGGCAAAAUAGCUUAAUUAGCCUAGCUAGCUGGCUAAGCUAGCUGGCUAUCUUAGCUAGCUUCUUUACAGCGAUUUGAUGCAGUCGAGACGGGUACUACCAGAUGGGAUGAUAACCUAAAGAAUCUACAAGUUUGUCUAACUAGCGCGACUAGUCUGUAUGGAUACUCUCUCACUCCCUUCCAUGUCAAACUCACCGGCCUCUACCCAUCGCACUGCUGCAAGCAAGCGGCACCCAAGUCUUCAGGCUGCGCAGCAAGCCAGUUACCAAGUUUAAACACAUGUUGUUGUUUUUUACUUGUAUUUCGACUAUCCGGAUAUCCGAAAAAAUGUCAUGAUAUUAUUCGAAUAGUGAAAUUAUUUAAAAAGCCCAUCCCUAAAAUAUAUUCACGUCACCAAAUAACUGAUUUAAAAUAAUAGAUUAAAACACACUGUUUUGCAAUGAAGGUCUACAGUAGCCUCAACAGCACUCUGUAGGGUAGCACCAUGGUGUAGUCGGAGGACAGCUAUUUUCCGUCCUCUGGGUACAUUGACUUCAAAACAAAACCUAGGAGGCUCGUGGUUCUCACCCCCUUCUAUAGACUUACACAGUAAUUAUGACGACUUCCGGAGGACGUCCUCCAACCUAUCAGAGCUCUUGCAGCAUGAACUGACAUGUUGUCCAUCCAAUCAAAGGAUCAAAGAAUGAAUCUAGUACUGAAAGCAUAGUACUGGGCUCCCGAGUGGCGCAGCGGUCUAAGCCACUGCAUCUCAGUGCUCAAUGCUUGAGUGCUUGAGGCGUCACUACAGACCCCCUGGUUCGAUUCCAGGCUGUAUCACAACCGGCCGUGAUUGGGAGUCCCAUAGGGCGGUGCACAAUUAGCCCAGCGUAGUCCGGGUUUGGCCGGUGUAGGCCGUCAUUGUAAAUAAGAAUGUGUCUCCCGAGUGGCGCAGUGGUCUAAGGCACUGCAUCGCAGUGCUAGCUGUGCCACUAGAGAUCCUGGUUCGAAUCCAGGCUCUGUCGUAGCAGGCCGCGACCGGGAGACCCAUGGGGCGGCGCACAAUUGGCCCAGCGUCGUCCAGGGUAGGGGAGGGAAUGGCCGGCAGGGAUGUAGCUCAGUUGAUAGAGCAUGGCGUUUGCAACGCCAGGGUUGUGGGUUCGAUUCCCACAGGGGGUAUAAAAAAAUAAAAAAAUAAUGUAUGCACUAACUAACUGUAAGUCGCUCUGGAUAAGAGCGUCUGCUAAAUGACCAAAAAAAAAAAGUGAAGACAUCCAAACUAUGAUAUAACACAUAUGGAAUCAUGUAGUAACCAAAAAAGUGUCAAACAAAUCAACAUAUAUUUGAGAUUUUUCAAAGUAGCCACCCUUUGCCUUGACGACAACUUUGCACACUUUUUGGGUUACUACAUGAUUCCAUGUGUGUUAUUUCAUAGUUUUGAUGUCUUCACUAUUAUUUAACAAUGUAGAAAAUAGUUUUAAAACAAAUCCUUGGAUGAGUAGGUGUGUCCAAACCUUUGACUGGUACUGUAGAUGUGAUGAUGCUGUUAGCCUACCACCACUGGUCUAUAGGUGUCAUGGUAGUAGCCUACCACCACUGGUCUAUAGGUGUCAUGGUAGUAGCCUACCACCACUGGUCUAUAGGUGUCAUGGUAGUAGCCUACCACCACUGGUCUAUAGGUGUCAUGGUAGUAGCCUACCACCACUGGUCUAUAGGUGUCAUGGUAGUAGCCUACCACCACUGGUCUAUAGGUGUCAUGGUAGUAGCCUACCACCACUGGUCUAUAGGUGUCAUGGUAGUAGCCUACCACCACUGGUCUAUAGGUGUCAUGGUAGUAGCCUACCACCACUGGUCUAUAGGUGUCAUGGUAGUAGCCUACAAUUGCAAAGCUUUUUUAGGACUACAUUUACUGUUGGAUGAAUACAUGGCUACUAGCAGUGGGUAACCUAUUUAGAGUUAGCAGUCUAGUUAAUAUGUUUUGAGUUUCCACUUCCUCAGGUGCUGAACCCCUAAUUAAUUAGUCUGUGAUAUUAGUUAGUGCACAUCAAUAUUUAUGUAAUUCAUCUCGAUUGAACCCAAAAAAUUAUAAUCUGGAAUUUCUGGAGUCCUAUUUUGACAGUAAAAUAUAGCAACAAUAGUCUAAUUGUCAGCCCAAAAUUCAUGACAAUCACUGGAUUAGGUUGCACAUCAAAAUAUAUUGAGUCAUGCAUUCCUGCUUAGAUGAAACAACUUAUUUCUUGAAUACCUCAUUAGUCUAUGUAUUAUACUUCUUAAUAAAACACAAUGAAUGACUAUAAGAUGAUUGGUCAUGAUUUGGAUCUAACCAUAUCAUGGGCUGGUGCCCCCAACUGUAAAAGUCAGUGACAGCAGGGGAAAUGUUAGCCCUGUGAUAGUAAUGAACAGUAGUAGGUGUUGAUUCAGGGGAACACAUAUGACAGGCACUAAUUCUCAAUACAGCCUUAGUCGUUAGCUUGGCUUUUAGAACGUACAGUGCAUUCAGAAAGGAUUCAGACCCCUUUCCUUUUUACACAUGUUGUUACGUUACAGCCUUACAUCAAUCUACACACAAUACCCCAUAAUGACAAAGCGAAAACAGGUUUUUAGAAAUUUUAGCAAAUUUAUAACAAAUAAAAAACUUGAAUACCUUAUUUACGUAAGUAUUCAGACCCUUUGAUAUGAGACUCGAAAUUAAGCUCAGGUGCAUCCUGUUUCCAUUGAUCAUCUUUGAGAUGUUUCUACAAUUUGAUUGGAGUCCACCAGUGGUAAAUUCUAUUGAUUGGACAUGAUUUGGAAAGGCACACACCUGUCUAUAUAAGGUCCCACAGUUGACAGUGCACGUCAGAGCAAAAACCAAGCCAUGAGGUCGAAGGAAUUGUCCGUAGAGCUCCGAGACAGGAUUGUGUCGAGGCACAGAUCUGGGGAAGGGUAUCAACAACAAAAAAUCUGCAGCAUUGAAGGUCCCCGAGAACACAGUGACCUCAAUCAUUCUUAAAUGGAAGAAGUUUGGAACCACCAAGACUCUUCCUAGAGCUGGCCGCCCGGCCAAACUGAGCAUUCGGGGGAGAAGGGCCUUGGUCAGGGAGGUGACCAAGAAGCAGAUGGUCACUCUGACAGAGUUCCAGAGUUCCUCUGUGGAGAUGAAGAAACCUUCCAGAAGGACAACCAUCUCUGCAGCACUCCACCAAUCAGGCCUUUAUGGUAGAGUGGCCAGACGGAAGCCACUCCUCAGUAAAAGGCACAUGACAGCCCACUUGGAGUUUGCCAAAAGGCACCUAAAGGACUCUCAGACCAUGAGAAAUAAGAUUCUCUGCUCUGAUGAAACCAAGAUUGAAUUAUUUGGCCUAAUGCCAAGCGUCACAUCUGGAGGAAACCUGGCACCACCCCUACGGUGAAGCAUGGUGGUGGCAGCAUCAUGCUGUGGGGAUGUUUUUCAGCGGCAGGGACUGGGAGACUAGUCAGGAUCGAGGGAAAGAUGAACAGAGUAAAGUACAGAGAAAUCCUUAAUGAAAACCUGCUCCAGAGCGCUCAUGACCUCAGACUGGGGCGAAGGUUCACCUUCCAACGACCCUAAGCACACAGCCAAGACAACGCAGGAGUGGCUUCGGGACAAGUCUCAAUGUCAUAGAGUGGCCCAAUCAGAGCCCUGACUUGAACCCGAUCUAACAUCUCUGGAGAGACCUGAAAAUAGCUGUGCAGCGACGCUCCCCAUCCAACCUGACAGAGCUUGAGAGGAUGGGAGAAACUCCCCAAAUACAGGUGUGCCAAGCUUGUAGCGUUGUACCCAAGAAGACUCGAGGCUGUAAUCGCUGCCAAAGGUGCUUCAGCAAACUACUGAGUAAAGAACCUGAAUAGUUAUGUAAAUGUGAUAUUUUAUUUAUUUGUAUUUUUAAUACAUUUGCAAAAAUGUCUAAAGACCAGUUUUUGCUUUGUCAUUAUGGGGUAUUGUGUGUAGACUGAUGAGGAAAAAACACAAUUUAGUCCAUUUUAGAAUAAGGCUGUAACGUAACAAAAUGUGGAAAAAGUAAAGGGGUCUGAAUACUUUCCGAAUGCACUGUAUAUGACAUAAGCAGACAGAGAACAAGAAGAAGCACUGUGACAGCAGAGAAGAUGCUGAGACAGAUGGACAGCACAACAUGGAGGCAAACAAAAUGGAGGCACAGUUAUAGUGGUGAGUUGUAUCUCCAGACAGAGGAACAGUUAUAGUGGUGAGUUGUAUGUCCAGACAGAGGAACAGUUAUAGUGGUGAGUUGUAUGUCCAGACAGAGGAACAGUUAUAGUGGUGAGUUGUAUGUCCAGACAGAGGAACAGUUAUAGUGGUGAGUUGUAUGUCCAGACAGAGGAACAGUUAUAGUGGUGAGUUGUAUGUCCAGACAGAGGAACAGUUAUAGUGGUGAGUUGUAUCUCCAGACAGAGGAACAGUUAUAGUGGUGAGUUGUAUGUCCAGACAGAGGAACAGUUAUAUUGGUGAGUUGUAUCUCCAGACAGAGGAACAGUUAUAGUGGUGAGUUGUAUGUCCAGACAGAGGAACAGUUAUAGUGGUGAGUUGUAUGUCCAGACAGAGGAACAGUUAUAGUGGUGAGUUGUAUGUCCAGACAGAGGAACAGUUAUAGUGGUGAGCUGUAUGUCCAGACAGAGGAACAGUUAUAGUGGUGAGUUGUAUCUCCAGAGUUGUAUCUACAUAUUGUAUUGGUUUUAAACAUGAGCUGGUUAAAAAGAGGAGGAGGACCAUGUCUCGCCAGUCACUGUUACAGAAAUGGUUGAGAAACGCUGUACUGUACUGCAAUUGUUAUGUGUCAGUACUACUGCCUGUGUCUAAGUAGGGUGUGUAGUGUCAGGGUUUAUGUUUGGGGAUGGGCCGUGUGUAUUAAUGGUGGCGCGCUGGUGGGGUGGGGGCGUGUGGAUAAAAUACCAGAGCCGAAUUCUUGUCCCAGUCCGCCCCGGUGUGUCCUCUCUCCCCAGCUGGAUGUGCUGUGUAAUGGGGAGAUCAUGGGGAAGGACCACACUCUGGAGUUCAUCUACAUGACCCGCUGGAGGCUGCACAGUGACAAUGUAAGUCUAUUAUGCCAUUCCUGCUUCUGUCCUUUCCUCCACACUCCCUGUCUCAUCCAGUUCUUUGGUAACCUCUGUACUUCUCAAUGCCCUGUUAUUGAUCAUGUUCUUUCUGGCAUGCCCUGACAUCAUCCAUACCCACCCAAAUGCCCAAUACACCAUGUCCAUGUAAAGUAUGACAUCAUAGAGUCCAUCUACAGUAUGACAUCAUGGGAUUGUGUUAUGUCAUUUGCUGCCCCAUCCCUGCCCUCCGACCAGCUGUCUUUACCAUCCCUGCCCUCCUACCAGCUGUCUUUACCAUCCCUGCCCUCCUACCAGCUGUCUUUACCAUCCCUGCCCUCCUACCAGCUGUCUUUACCAUCCCUGCCCUCCUACCAGCUGUCUUUACCAUCCCUGCCCUCCGACCAGCUGUCUUUACCAUCCCUGCCCUCCGACCAGCUGUCUUUACCAUCCCUGCCCUCCGACCAGCUGUCUUUACCAUCCCUGCCCUCCGACCAGCUGUCUUUACCAUCCCUGCCCUCCUACCAGCUGUCUUUACCAUCCCUGCCCUCCGACCAGCUGUCUUUACCAUCCCUGCCCUCCGACCAGCUGUCUUUACCAUCCCUGCCCUCCGACCAGCUGUCUUUACCAUCCCUGCCCUCCUACCAGCUGUCUUUACCAUCCCUGCCCUCCGACCAGCUGUCUUUACCAUCCCUGCCCUCCGACCAGCUGUCUUUAGUUCGUCCAUCUUGUUAGCCAACUGGUCAGGCAUUAGACCUACUGAAGCCUUGUCAUGUUGCCGUAUCCUGAACAACUUGCACAUGUUAAACAGAGAGCCAAGUAGAAGGAAAAAAACACUGAAAGUUGAAUGAUGUUGUGCUCAUUAGCCUAUGAGAAAUCUGGACAUGGGGGACACGGGGGAGACUGGACAUGGGGGACAGGGGGGAGACUGGACAUGGGGGAGACUGGACAUGGGGGACACGGGGGAGACUGGACAUGGGGGACACGGGGGAGACUGGACAUGGGGGAGACUGGACAUGGGGGAGACUGGACAUGGGGGACACGGGGGAGACUGGACAUGGGGGAGACUGGACAUGGGGGAGACUGGACAUGGGGGACACGGGGGAGACUGGACAUGGGGGAGACUGGACAUGGGGGACACGGGGGAGACUGGACAUGGGGGACACGGGGGGAACUGGACACGGGGGACACGGGGGGAACUGGACACGGGGGAGACUGGACAUGGGGGACACGGGGGAGACUGGACACGGGGGACACGGGGGGAACUGGACACGGGGGAGACUGGACAUGGGGGACACAGGGGAGACUGGACAUGGGGGACACGGGGGGAACUGGACAUGGGGGACACGGGGGGAACUGGACACGGGGGAGACUGGACAUGGGGGACACGGGGGAGACGGGUGGGGGGGGGAACUGGCCAUGUCCUCAGAGCAUCUUAAUGACAGUCCCAGCUAGUUUACAGAGAGGGGGUACGUGUCCUCACAUGCCAUAUGUAUUGAUUUCCUAGUCUGCGUUGAGCUUUACUUUUAAUUACAUGUUAAUUACAAAUUAAUUAAAAAUGCUUCUCUUUCCUUCUGUUCACUGUACCAUUUCAGCUAAUUAUACAACUUCUCAGUGCCUUGAUGGCUGUUGGCUACCAUAUAAACACUGUUACAAAUAAAUCCAGAUAGUGUUUUAUAGAUGAUUAUCCAGCAAACCCCUAAAAAUCAUAAGUUGCAGUAAAGUAUGGACUGACUGCAGAUAGUUCAGAGAGAAAUCAUGAAAGCAUUAACUCAGUGCCGUGCAUCUGAAUGUCCAAUACUGCCUUCUGUCUUAUUUCAACUGUCAGCCAUAGGGAUCUAUCUGGGAUGGUUCACAGGAAAGUGUGUUCUCCUUAAAACACCAUCCAGGAAAACUUUGUCUUGAAGUCUGUUGAAAGGGGCAAUUCUGUCUCUAGGCAUCCAUUCCUGUGAAAUAUGGUCCAUUUGAGAUGGAAUUGCAAAGCUCAUUAGUUAAAUACGCUCUGCUUGUCAGAACGUGCCAGCAUCUACUCUGUUAUUUACUUUGCAAGUUGUCUUUUGAAUAAACUUGAAGGUAACUGAGAAUAAAUAACACUAAUGUCUCUUUCUACACUCUCCUCAGAGAUAUCCCAUGGUCCUGGAGUACAGGCCACGAAUAGACUUUGGCUGAACGAAGCCCUUGAGAAGCCUUCAUAGACAAACAAAGCAAUGACUGGAUGUAUAUGCAGCCGAGGCCAGGGACUCAGUCCUUCCAAAUCUUUCUGAACUUCUCAACAUUUGACCAUUUAUUUGUCCUUUCUCCAUCUGUUUCAUUUUGUUGUGACCUUUGUUGUUGAACAUUAUGUGAACUUUGUUGUUGAACAUUUUGUGACCUUUGUUGUUGAACAUUCUGUG